GAUAUACAUGUUGUGCGUGGGCGUCUUUUCCUGAGAUGACUUAAGAUCACUCCGUGCGUGUAAAAGACGCCGUUUUUGCCUUUUCUUUUUGUCUUAUUUUUUUUACAACACCGUUUGCUCUUAACAUUACUAAAACUGGCACUUGGGCGAACGUCGACAGCUGCGACAGCGACGCCUCAAAGGAGGAGCAUCUUGCACUGUUAUCAGACCAUCGCGCCCGAGAGAGUUGAGGGACAGAGAGUUAGGAAGAGAGGAGAAAACAUGUUUGAGAAGAGAGGGAUCCCCUUUAUUCUGCUUGACAUUGCCUGUUUAAUUCUAGGGGGUCUGCCUUUGGCAGCCUUUAACUUCGGUAAAGUUCGCCCCUACGAGAGGGGCUUUUUCUGUAACGAUGGCAGCAUCAGCUAUCCUUUCCACCACAGCACAAUCACCUCCACGGUGCUUUACACUGUGGGCUUCACCCUGCCAAUUUGCAGUAUGCUCUUUGGGGAGUGCCUUUCAGUUUAUCUAAAGCGCAUCAAAUCCAAGUCCUCUUUCAGCAACAUCUACAUCGCAUGUAUUUACAAGGCCGUCGGUACCUUCCUCUUUGGUGCUGCAAUGAGCCAGUCGCUGACCGACAUAGCCAAGUAUUCGAUAGGCCGCCUCAGGCCACACUUUCUUAGUGUGUGCAAACCUGACACGACUCUCAUCAACUGUACCGCUGGGGGGUAUAUUGAAGACUUCACAUGUACUGGAAACAAGAAAAUGGUCAACCAAGCAAGGUUGUCCUUCUAUUCUGGCCACUCCUCUUUUUCCAUGUACUGCAUGAUGUUCUUGGCUCUUUACCUCCAGGCUCGACUUCAAGCUGAGUGGGCCCGACUCCUGCGACCCACACUUCAGUUUUUCCUGAUUGCUGCAUCAGUGUACACAGGAUUGUCCAGGGUGUCAGAUUAUAAACACCACUGGAGUGAUGUGCUGACUGGACUCCUACAGGGCGCCCUCAUGGCAAUCUUUGUUGUCUUUUUUGUGUCAGACUUCUUCAAAAAGAGUGUGGAACCCCAGAAGGAGGUAGACAUCCCCCACACCUCCCUUCAAGAGACUCCUACAAAUGGAAACCACUUUGACAGUCCUAACUAAGCUGGACCAAAGGAAAAGGACCUAUUCCCAGUCCAAACACACACCCUGGACCCCAACUGUCUAGUGUAUUAUCCUGGUGCUUUAACUCAUCCAGCACCCUGACCGGAUGUACAGAGCAAAGUAUUUCUGUUAAUGUGCUCAGUCGUCCUUAUUUUUAAGUCAUGUGAGAUGGUGGCUGAGCUUUAUCUCAGCGAAAAGGGGUGAGAUGCACUAAACUUAUGGCCGCUACUCUUGAUACACUGAAAGUAAAUUUUAAAGGGCUGCACAGAUGCAGAAGAGUUUUGCACCAGUUCACAGUGAAAAGUGGGGCUCCAAGUUUACACCUAUCCAUCCUUUUCAGAUCUGCGUAAACAACUGACCUAAUUGGGGGCUUGGGGUGCUGUAAAGACGGGAACUAUAAAGUGUGUACCUGCUGAGCUAGUGGGAAGACUUUAACUGCAUGCAUCCACUAAAGGGUCCGACCACUGAUGAGGAGGAGGGUGGGAAACCUGUGAAUGUAUCCCUGCAUUGUUCUUUUCCUGAUUUGGAGUCAGCUGCUCCACUCAAGAUGCCGACCUAGAAAUAAGCUUUAUUCCACAACACCAAGAGGUAAAAAGUUUGUUUCCAAACUCUCUCAAAGAAUGUAUCGUCUGGUUUUCAGUGUUUAUUCAAGGGCUUCAUAUGAAAGAAAAUGUUCUUAAAGGAAAACAAUCGUGAUAUUAAUGUUACCUCUCAAAGUUUUAGGGAUAAAACUCCCAUUAGCAGCCAUAAUAAUGAGCGUUCUUCAGCGCGUCUCUGAAACGCUGUCGAAAUCAUGCGGAAGUGUCCACCGGUGAUGAGCAGACAUCUAUGGAGGGGGGGAAAUUUUACUUUUUGGUUUGCCAGUAGGCAGCAUAGUAUAAGAACACAUCGACACUACAUACAGCUGUAUAAGAAAAUAUCAUACAACUCUAUGUUGCAUCCUUCCUCACUUUUACUUAUACAGCACAGGGCAUCAGCAAACCAGAAAGCAAGUCUCCUCUUGAACCGAUUUCCUGCCAAUGACGUCACUGGCAGUAUUUCAGAGACAAAGAGGACUACUCAAUAUUGGGCCGUCCGGGUAGCGUAGCGGUCUAUUCCGUUGCCUACCAACACGGAAUCGCUAGGUCGAAUCCCCGUGUUACCUCCGGCUUGGUCGGGCGUCCCUACAGACACAACUGGCCGUGUCUGCGGGUGGGAAGUCGGAUGUUGGUAUUUGUCCUGGUCGCUGCACUAGCGCCUCCUCUGGUCGGUCGGGGCGCUCCCCGGAUCGGCAGAGAGGGGGUGGAGCAGCGACCAGGACGGUUGGGGGUAAUUGGCCAGAUACAAUUGGGGAGAAAAAGGGGGAAAAUUGAAGAAAAGAAAAAAAAGGACUGCUCAAUAUUAUGGCUGCUAAUGGGAGUGUAAUCCUACAACAUAUGUUGAAAAUCGUGAUUGUUUCGUGGUUUCUCAAUACUGAGGUUAUCAGCCUGAUAAUUUUUUUUUAAGGUAACCUAUGCUUUUAAGGGAAGAUUCACCAGUUUUCAACCUCAUCGUUGUCUAUCCGGGUUGCAUAGCGGUCUAUUCCGUUGCCUACCAAUACGGGGAUCGCCGGUUCGAAUCCCGUGUUACCUCCGGUUUGGUCGGGUGUCCCUAGAGACACAACUGUGGGUAGGUCGCUUGGUCGCUGCACUAGCGCCCCCUCUGGUCGGUCGAGGCGCCUGUUUGGGGAGGAGGGAGAACUCGGGGGAAUAGCGAGAUCCUCCCACGUGCCACGUCCCUCUGGCGAAACUCCUCACUGUCAGGUGAAAAGAAGCAUCUGGCGACUCCACAUGUAUCAUAGGAGGCAUGUGGCGGUCUGCAGCCCUCCCCGGAUCGGCAGAGGGGGUGGAGCAGCGACCGGGAUGGCUCGGAAGAGAGGGGUAAUUGGCCGGAUACAAUUGGGGAUUAAAAAUAAAAUCGUUGUCUACCUGUGACGGGAUAGCGCAUGAAAAACACCCGCAGUUAUUCCUGUUUAACUGCAGCCCCAGAGAUGCAGUGUUGUUUUUUUUCCAGCUGCCAAGUGACGUCACGUUCGUCGCCUGGCAGCUGGAAAAGCCAGCAUAGCAGGGUUUUUAAUAAUGUAAACACUAUUUAAAAACAAAACAAAAAAUCCUCAUUCUCUUCACUAAACUAAGUUUGGUUUCCGGUGAUGGAAAUGACAUGCUACAACACUAGCGCAGAGGAUUUUAUGGACGACAGCUGCUUACUUGCAAUGCAUUCUGGUACAUGUAGGCGCCGUUGGAAGCCUGGGCAGAACAGACGUCUCUGUCGAUAUAGUACACAUAGAGGACUUUAUUGCUUCAGCAGACUACAUUACUCAUUAGUACCGAUCGCACCUACACAAAACCCACUGGUGAAGUUUCCCUUUAAGGAUAGAACAUGCUGGAGACUAAAAUUGAUUUUAAAAUAAAGGACAACGUUGCUCUUUUAUCUGGAGUUGCUGACUCCCGUGGACACAAUCACUGCCAACAGAUUCUCCCAACUUCUGCCUAGAAACAGAAAACAGUCAUUUUCAAGUCCCGUAUUGCCUUGGCUGGACUGCUACUGCUGUGAGCACAGCUCACCGUGUAUCUCAGAACUAAUAUAAAUAUCGAUAUUACCUGUGUAAGCAAAGACAAAAUACCUUACUAUUGUAAACACACAUACACAUACACACACACACACACA